AUGUACUUACAACAUAAUCCCCCUCCGCUGCCUAUCAUCAAUCAAGGACAGUCACCACAGAAUACACGAAGUGAUAGUUACAGGGCUGAUGAUAUCAACAAUGUGGGCCACUGGGCUGGAUUCAACCUCACCUCUAAACAACAACAAUUUGGGCCCCUUUUAGCUGCCGCAGGGAUUCCAGAUGAACCAUUUCAACCUUCUCCUCCGCGGCCUAUAAACUCGGAAGCUGCAGUCCGAUCCCGUAUUGACGCCUAUUUAACCAACCGGAUUAUACGUGCCCUUCGCUGCGGAUUCUCGCAUUUGCAGACUACUCAACAGCUGGCCAAUCUCACAGUUGUGAAAUACGAUGUUGGUCAGAUGGCUGCAACUCCUAGUGGCUUCAUUCCCGACUUCGCCUUCUUUGAUCCAGAUCUUGAUCCCAGAACCAGGCCGAACCGCGUUCCGGGUGACGCUAAACCUUCGUAUAAAUGGUCCUUUGCCCUGAAGAACCAUCUAAAGCCCAGUUCACGCGAUGAAUUCAAGCAGGCCUUAUCCCAAGUCAAUUAUUACAUGAAGCUACAUCAUGCACGCUACGGCUUUAUUAUAACAGAUCGGGAACUUGUCGCUAUCCGAAGGCUCGAUGAGGAUGGAAAUUUGGAGCUCUCGACGCCCAUUCCUUGGACAGCGAAGGGUACUGCUUCAGAGCCGAGACUAACAGUGUUACUUGGGGUCUGGUAUUUGGGAAUGCUCGCGGCAAAUAACCAGGUCUGGUAUCUCCAUUGA